AUGGAAUUUGAAUUCGAUCACUCGAUCCCCCACCCAGGCAGGAUGGGUGAGAUCUACGAAGACCAGCUAUACCAUGUGAUGUCCCAAAUUAGGUAUGGCUCUGAAGACGGGCGUCCGCUCGUCGAUAUUAGCAGUAUGCCACCUCUGGUCAUUUCAGAGAGGAACCCCAUUCGUCUCCCGGAAGUGUUGGCGAGCUGGAAACGAAAGCUCCUGCGGCCAUUUAUUCGGAAGCCCGUCGAUAAGGGUAAGAAGCCGAUGAGAUCGCCCGAAGAGUCAGAGACCCCGGAUGAGGAGCCGGGAACUCCAGCCGAGGAGUCAGAGGAAUCGGGGAAAGUAUUAGGGAGCCCUGGUGAUUCGAGAAAAGGAUCCCUCUCGUCUUUGUCCUUGUCUGUUGGGAACGGGUUGAAGACUGUGACUAAACCAUUCCGUCGCUAG